AUGAAAUCCUACAUACGAUCUGAUGGUUGCAUUGGUCUCUUUGUAGAAGAGCCCACACAGUUCAACUUGAUUCCUGUGGGUCUGAGGAUCGUGGCGAUCCAGGGGGCGAAGACAGGGCUCUACCUGGGCAUGAACAGCGACGGGUACCUUUACACCUCUGAACACUUCACCCCCGAGUGUAAGUUCAAGGAGAGUGUGUUUGAGAACUACUACGUGACGUACUCCUCCAUGCUCUACAGACAGAGCCAGUCGGGCCGCUCCUGGUAUAUCGGUAUCAACCGCGACGGACAAGUCAUGAAGGGCAACCGGGUGAAGAAGACCAAAGGUGCUGCACACUUCCUGCCUAAAGUUAUAGAAGUUGCCAUGUAUAAGGAGCCAUCGCUACACGAGCUAGUCAACGAACAGAAAGAGAAAGAGAAAGAGAAAGAGAAAGAGAAAGAGAAAGAGAAAGAGAAAGAGAAAGAGAAAGAGAAAGAGAAAGAGAAAGAGAAAGAGAAAGAGAAAGAAGGCCCUGCCCAGAAUACAGUGAAGACGUCAGAAGAACUGCAGGAAAGAACUUUCUCCAUCAAGAACUGCAGGAAAGAACUUUCUCCAUCAAGAACUGCAGGAAAGAAAAAAAGCCCCCAAGGCUGAUGCCUCGUAGCACAGGGGACCGAUGGUGGGGCAGGGGCAGCAGUGACACUGAGAACUAAAUAGGGACUUAAUCGCCCAUCAUGCACUUGGGCUGGCUGGAGGAAUGGUCCCCUUUCCCCAGAAGUGCACUGGGCUGCACCAUGAUGAAGUGUCAGGGGUCAACAGCCCAUCAGGUCUGGGUCUCGGAGGAAUUCCUCUCACCUGCCAAAAGAGAGGAAGAUAGACUAGGGCCCAAGUCAGCACCACCACCUUUCCUCCCUGUCAAUCACCUUUACCCCUUCUCCUCUAGCACACUCACUACCAAAGGCACAGCCUGUAUAAUCUCUCUGUCAUUCAUCUACUGCCUUCCCAUCACCUGUUCUAGUUUCUAGAAAUCACCUCC